GGAAGAUGGAAGGGGGGAAAGAGAGGCUCAGGAGUAAGUGAAAUUUAACUCAGCAGCCACAUCAAGGGCAGCUGCCUGCAAGAGGAGAGCGCCUCGGCCUGCGGAGAUUCCAGCCCACAAAGGGUUAACUAACCCCAGUUUCCUGCAUUGCUGCUUCUGUGGGAGUUGGUGAAACUUUUUUGGAAUGUAGGGCGAGUUUCUUCUUCCUCACCUGGGCAGGAGCGACCAUGAUGGACAACGGCAUGGACUUCCAAACCGACGCGCGUCCAGAACCUGGCUUUGGCAGCCACAGCCUUCCCGGGGAGCUCCUGGAGCCUCCAGCCAUGGACCUGGAGGAAGGGGCCUCGCCAAGACUGGCCAUGCCAACAGCCUGUGAACAAAGCCUGCACGGCCUGCAGCAGCCUGGAUCCCCCUUCAAUGCCCUGCGCGCCGACCUUAACCCCUCUGCCGCUGAGGCUGAACUGUGUCUCGGUGCAGCCAUCACAGAGCCGACUGUCCCCGAAAGUGCCCUGGGGGGCCUGCAGACCCCCAGCUCUCCAGCUGCUCUGGACUCAGCCCUCCGGGCAGCUGGGGAAGCUUGUGAUGACGCUCGCAGGGACCUGGGAGGGGGGAUGGAAGGCUGUGAGGACGCUGCAGUACCUGGGAGCGAUGCUGACUGGAAAGGGAACCCAGAGGGAGCCCACCGCGGGGUGGGUUGUCCCAGUGACCUGGUUUGCAUGGACCUGGAUGAGGAGCCUGAGGCCCACCUGAGAGGGGAGGAGUGGGCCGAGAGCUUGGAGGAGGACGACCAGUUGGAGAUCCAGGGCCUCCUCACCCAGCUCCAGACCCUUAGCCCCAGCUUCCGCGACGACUCGCCUGCCUCGGAGGACGACCCGCUGCUGGCGUCGGACUGUGGCGCAGGCCCUUUUGGGGGAGACGCGCCGCUUCCCCACCAACCGGCCUUUGGCUGCUGCCGGGGCCUGCCGGGCGAGUGCCCUCCCUGCCUGCUGCACGUCGCCAUGGGGAGAGGCCUGGCAAUGCCGUCCUGCCACGCUCAGCCCUCCGCCUGCUCCCAGAGGAGCCGGGAGAGCCACGGCCUGCUCUUUGCAGAGGCUGACCGGGAGGACUUGCUAAGCCUCCUGCACCACGAGGGGGGGCUCCCAGCGGAGGCCAGUGAGGAGACCCCCCUCGCCAGGUCAGACGUCCUGGCCGGAAGCAACGGGGAGGCCCUGCAGAGCCAGGAGAGCCCGGUGGCCCAGCAGGCGGAGGAGGCCGCUUCGCAGCCAGGCAGCUCGCAGGCAGAAGGCUCCAUCCGGUGGUAUCGGAAAGGGGGAGCCCAUGAGGGAGACUCUGCCUGCAUGUCCCCGGGCAGUCGGGACAGCUCCCCAGAGCCUGUGUGGGUGGCCAUGUCCCCUCCUCCCAGCCGGGGCCUGGAGCAGCCCACCCCCAGGAGCACGGCUGUUAAAGAAUCCCGGGCGGCCUAUCCGGCCUUCAAAGAGGUGGCAGGCCCCUGUGAGCCGGAGGAUCUCCUGGACGGAGUGAUCUUCGGAGCAAAGUAUCUGGGCUCCACACAGCUGGUCUCGGAGAGGAACCCCCCCACCAGCGUCCGCAUGGCGCAGGCCCAGGAGGCCGUGGACAGGAUAAAGGCGCCGGAUGGGGAGUCCCAGCCCAUGACCGAGGUGGAUCUGUUUGUCUCCACCCAGAGGAUCAAGGUUCUGACGGCCGACUCGCAGGAGGCCAUGAUGGACCAUCCGCUCCAGACCAUCUCCUACAUCGCGGACGUCGGCAGCGUCGUCGUGCUGAUGGCGCGCAGGAAGCUGCCGCGGCGGGCAGACACCUCGGGGGAGAAGCGGCUCUACAAGAUGAUCUGCCACGUCUUCCAUUCGGCUGACGCUCAGCUGAUUGCCCAGGCCAUCGGGCAGGCCUUCAGCGUGGCUUACCAGCAGUUGCUGCAGGCCAGCGGCAUCGACCCGAGCCAGCUCUCCGCCAGCCAGGACAGCCGCGCCCUGGAGAGCCAGGAGCUGCACAACGGGGACCUGGCCCACUUCUCCAAGCAGGAGAACUGCAAGGAAGUCUGCAUCCGCAAGCAGAAGGGGGAGAUCCUGGGUGUCGCUGUGGUGGAGUCGGGCUGGGGCUCCAUCCUGCCCACCGUGGUCGUCGCCAACCUCAUGCAUGGGGGCCCCGCAGAGAAGUGCGGGGAGCUGAGCAUCGGGGACCGGCUCAUGUCCGUCAACGGGACAAGCCUGGUGGGGCUGCCCCUCAGCACCUGCCAGAGCAUCAUCCGG